UUAAAUCUAGCAUUAAACAGAAUAGGAAAACACCCCACUGGACUCUGCACACACUGCAGUACACAAGAGACAGUGAAACACAUUCUGUUAGACUGCAAAAGGUAUGAGGAGGAAAGAGCUGAGCUAGAGAUGCAGAUUGGAAAACAAAACAUGACACUAGAGAACUUGCUGGGGAAAACAUCUGGGGAAAUGCACCGCUCCCUAAUGAACCAUUUAAAAAGUACUGGUAUAAGUGAGAGAAUUUAGUAAUCUAUAGAAUAACUAGUAUAUAGCUAUUUAUCUCUUUAUUUUCUUUUAUUUAUGCAGUAUAGUUUUGGUAUUAUUAUUAUUAGUGUUUUUUUAAUUUAAUUUUAGUAUUGUUAUGAUUACUAUUAUUAUGAUUAUUAUUAUUAUUAUUAUUAUUAUUAUUAUUUUUUACUAUUUUUUUCCCCUGCCUAUCUACUGCCUACACUCCAGUCCACUAGGUGGCGGUAAUGCACCUUUAGUGGUUUGCCAACCGCCAUUAAAAACAAAAAGAAGAAAGAAAAAAGAAAAAGAUUCGCUAGCCGCAUGGAGUAAGAGUAAUUUGAUUGGACCGUGGGGUGGGGUGGGGAUGCGUCACAUCCUCCUUGACUGUGUACUUCUCUAUGAAGGGAAAGCUCUUGUAUUAUCCUAGCUAGCUUUCGUGAAAUAAUUUUUUAUUGUAUUUGAAACUGUAUGCGAAUAACAAGACACCAUGUUUUCUUUCAACAUGUUUGAUCACCCGAUCCCGCGGGCCUUUCACAACCGCUUCUCCACUCAGUACCGCUGUUACUCAGUGUCAAUGCUGGCCGGGCCCAACGACCGAUCAGACGUCGAGAAAGGCGGAAAAAUUAUCAUGCCCCCAUCAGCACUGGACCAGCUAAGCAGACUUAAUAUCACAUACCCUAUGCUGUUCAAACUGACCAAUAAGAACUCGGACAGAAUGACCCACUGUGGUGUUUUGGAGUUUGUUGCUGAUGAAGGGAUCUGUUACCUGCCUCACUGGAUGAUGCAGAACCUCUUAUUGGAAGAAGGAGGUUUGGUCCAGGUUGAAAGUGUCAAUCUCAUGGUGGCAACAUACUCUAAAUUUCAGCCUCAGAGUCCAGACUUCUUGGACAUCACAAACCCCAAAGCUGUACUAGAAAAUGCUUUGAGAAAUUUUGCCUGCUUGACUACUGGUGAUGUCAUUGCCAUCAACUAUAAUGAAAAGAUCUAUGAGCUGCGUGUCAUGGAGACCAAACCGGACAAAGCAGUGUCCAUUAUUGAAUGUGAUAUGAAUGUUGACUUUGAUGCUCCACUUGGUUAUAAAGAACCAGAGAGACCCACACAGCAUCAUGAGGAACCAGCGGAUGAGGAGACAGACCCCAGUAAUUAUGACAUGGAUAUUGGAUUCAGAGCUUUCACAGGCUCUGGAAAUCGCCUUGAUGGAAAGAAGAAAGGCAUUGAGCCAAGUCCUUUUCCCAUUGUUCCAGGUGACAUGAAACGGGGUAUUCCGAACUAUGACUUCAAGGUUGGGAAGCUCACUUUCAUCAGAAACUCCAGACCACAGCCUCGGAAAACAGAGGAGGAUGACUCUUCCAGUAACUUCAUUGCAUUCUCAGGAGAAGGCCAGUCCUUGCGCAAGAAGGGCAGGAAACCAUGAUUAAACCACAAGUUGACCAGAAACAAAUAAAAGCAUCUACAAACUACUCCUAAUGUAUUCUGUUUUUAAGAAUAGAACGGUCAAAUGUACUGAGAAUCCAUGUUUUUGCCACAGGAUAUGAAGCAUUAUUACAUCAGUUACAGGUGUAAAUCCAAUAACCAUAUAUUAUUUUGUUAACUUUGCAUAUAUAAAUUAAUUACAUCAGUUGAAUAAAGAAGACCCAAUGAGGCUACUUUUGAGCCACUGCUGCUGGUUGAUCUCUCUUUUUUUGUAUACAAUUUAUUAAUUAUAUUCAUAGGCCUUAAAUAAAGACAUUCAUCUUAAAAUAUUUUUUUGUUAUAUCUGAAUCUUGACGCCAGAUGCUCAAUACAUUUCUCUAUGGAUGUGCCUUCCCUCCUGCCUAUUUGUUAUGACUAUGUAUACCAUGAGGCCAUUAUAGUACCUUGAAAAUAACUGAUUUAAUACUGCUUCAUUAAAAUGGUUAUUGUUUAUCACAUUUACAACCCCAAUUCCAAAAAAGUUGGGAUGCUGUAUAAAAUGUAAAUAAAUGUAAAUAAACACAGAAUGCAAUGAUUUCCAAAUGUCAUAAACCAAUGUUAUUCGCAAAUGGAUCACAGAAAACAUAUCAAAUGUUCAAACUGAGGAUAUGUACCUUUUUAAGGAAAAAAAAAUAAGGUAAUUUUGAAUUUCAUGGCCACAACAGAAUCAUGCCUGUUUUUAAUGCAGUGCUGCCUGAGGGCCUGAAGAUCACAGGCAUGCAAUAUUGAUUUUCACCCUUGUCCCUUCCGCACAGAGAUUUCUCCAGAUUCUCCGAAUCUUUUGAUGAUAUUAUGUACUGUAGAUGAUGAGAUAUUCAUAGUCUUCGCAAUUUUACAUUGAGGAACAUUAUUCUGAAAUUCUUCAACAAAUUGUAGAUGCAGUUUUUCGCAGAUUGUUGAACCUCUGCUCAUCUUUACUUCUGAAAGACUCUGCCUCUCUAAGAUACUCUUUUUAUACCCAAUCAUGUUAUUGACCUGUUGCCAAUUAACCUCCAGCUGUUUCUUUUUAGUAACAUUACUUUUCCAGCCUUUUGUUGCCCCAUCCCAAAUUUUUUGAGACAUGUUGCGGCCAUCAACUCAAAAUUACCUCAUUUUUUUCUUAAAAUGGUACAUUCCUCAGUUUAAACAUUUGAUAUGUUUUCUAUGUUCUAUUGUGAAUAACAUGGGUUUAUGAGAUUUGCAAAUCAUCGCAUUCUGUUUUUAUUUUUUUUUUACAUUUUACACAGCAUCUCAACUUUUUUGAAAUUGGGGUCAUAAAUACUAUAAUACAUAUUCAAUAUAUUGGACUUUAACUGGUAUGUUAAGGGAUAUUUGGAGUUAUGGUGUUGGACACAUUCAAAUUUGUACAAGUUGUUUAUAUUAUGGUGAGUGGUUAUGUAUUAUUUUGUCAUAAUAUUGUAUAAGAGGAAAUCAUGAUGAAGUGAUUAAUUAGUCUGUUUAGUUUUUCAGGAGAGGUGUUUUACAACAUAUAGAUGCUCUGAGAAUUGGCCAUACCCUCUCACCAAUCAAACCAUACUCAUUCCCCUGCAUCAUUUCAUUUAUUUUUCCUACAGAAAUGUUAAUAUAGUUAUACAGUUGUAACAAUGUUUCAAGCACAAAAUUUCUGCUGAUAAUCGUACAUAAUGUAAGUAUAAAUUUUGGACAGAACCUUGAAUAAAACAUGUUUAUACCUGCUA